ACGUAAAGCAGUGUCUAAUGUCGUCACGUCCGGGAAUUUAGCUUCAGUGUCAAGAAUAAAUCAGAGAUAGAAACUUUGUUGUUCUUCCUCAGAGAGGACAAGUUUUUAAGAAGCCGGGAUGUCAGGCGAGGAUAAUGAAAGCAACGAACGCCUGGUUGAAAAUCCUCCCCAGGAAGGAGAAAAUCAACCUGCAAAUGGCGAAAUUGUCCCGGCCGAACCUACCGAAGGCGAGAGGAACGCCGUAGCAGAAGCUGAACAACAAAGACAACAAAAUAAAGGAACAUGGGGAGAAUCUUUUUUCGCCGUGACAAAAUCCCUGAUAAUCCGGGCACUUAUAAUAUAUUUCAUAAGUUCCUUCUUUCGACGACCUCAGACUGAAGCGCCCACGACACCUGGCCCUGGGGGUGCACCAAUGCCUAAACUAAAUUCCGCGAAUCUUUUCGAAAAUGGAACAAUAUUUGACCUAAACAUUUAUUUAUCGGAAUCGAAAAUUUUCACUGACUUUGGAGAUCCAAAUGCACACGUUUGGACAGAGAAUGAAUUAAUUUACGGGGACUGGACUAGUGGGCCAGAAAACGAUGGAACGAGAGUCCAUAUACAUAAGUUUAAUCCUUCAGAGCAACUCAAAAAUAAUGGUUCAAUUUACCUCCACGUUUUUAUCACCAAGAGCGGAAAAUCACCUGAUCCUAAUUCUGGAAAAGAAAAGUAUGCAGGAAAAGAUAUGGUCUCUCAUGCCAGGAUGAUGGUGAACAAAUUCAAGAAAGUUCGUUAUCAGAAAACGCAUAAUCUGCUGACUGGAGAAACUACUGCGACGGAAGAAGAAAUCAAGAAAGCAGAGCUAAUGAACCAGGAAAUUAUUUCUCAUUGGCACCCGAAUAUGACCAUUAAUUUAGUUGUGGACCAAACCAAUUGGGUGCCCGGUCAAGUUCCUCCUCCUCUCAAUGACUAUAUCCAUUUUUCGCAAGCUGGAAGUUUCUACAAGCCCGUAAUUUACUUCAAUGAUUUCUGGAACAUGCAGCGAGACUAUCAACCAAUAAACGAUACCGUUAAAGAACUCGAAUUGCGCCUUACCUAUCAACCUCUCUCACUAUUCAAAUGGCAAAUCUACACGGCCCAAAACAUGAGAAAUAAAUGGACAUCAUCACUUCUAGGAAGUGCAGAGGAAGAAGAGAGCGAUCAAGACACUCUGAAGGAAGCUCUCCUCGAGACGAAUGCUUAUCUCUUGGGUCUGACUUUCGCCGUAUCAAUCUUACACAGUAUCUUCGAAUUCCUCGCAUUUAAAAAUGAUAUCGAAUUCUGGAACAAUCGCAAAUCUCUCGAAGGUCUCUCCGUCCGGUCGGUCUUCUUCAACGUGUUCCAGUCCCUUAUCGUUCUUCUCUACGUCCUCGACAACGAAACGAAUACCGUCGUCCGGAUAAGUUGCGCGAUUGGUCUCUGCAUCGAAAUCUGGAAAAUCAACAAAACCGUGGACAUCAAAGUAAACCGAGAAUCCAAGAUCUUUGGAAUCUUCCCCAGAAUAUCUGUUCACGACAAAGGGUCCUACGUUGAAUCUUCGACGAAGAUGUACGACAGACUCGCCUUCAAGUAUCUAUCUUGGGCUCUUUUCCCACUUCUCGGAGGCUAUGCAGUUUACUCUCUCAUGUACCUUGAACACAAGAGCUGGUACUCGUGGGUUCUCAGCAUGCUCUAUGGAUUCCUAUUGACUUUCGGGUUCAUCAUGAUGACUCCACAGCUCUUCAUCAAUUACAAGCUCAAGAGCGUUGCGCACCUUCCCUGGCGCAUGUUGUCCUACAAAUUCCUGAACACAUUUAUCGACGACGUGUUCGCUUUCGUGAUAAAAAUGCCGACACUUUACAGGCUAGGUUGCUUCCGAGAUGACAUUGUCUUUUGCAUAUUCCUCUACCAACGCUGGAUCUAUAAAACUGAUCUCUCCAGAGUUAACGAGUUUGGAUUCUCGGGAGAAAUGGAGGCGAAGUUGAAGGAGAAAAAGGAGAAAAAAGAAGGACCGAAAGCUAUCGAGCCUGCGAAGGACGAUGCACCCAAGGUAGAACCUACAAAGGACACGGUAGCCAAGAAAACUGAUUGAUGCUUGAAUCCAGAGCAUUCUAAACUAGAUUAAUUAAAUUUUUAUUAAAUUACGAUGUUAUUAGUACCAAAGUGUCGCGCGGAUAUGAGCGCGUUGAUCUUUUUUCGAGCUGGAAUACAUUUGCACAAUACGUAUGACUGUAUACAUAAGCGAAGAAAUUAUUCUCCGAUGAGAGCUGCGUCGCGAGAAAGUCUUCGUGGAACAGUGGUGUAAUAAUAUAUAUAUGAAAAGAGCAGCUUGACGUUUUCUAUGAAGUGGAUUUCCAUUUUUUAAUUAGAAUUUAGUCAUUUUUUGAAUUGCACAAUCUGCUCGAGAUUCCCGCAUUCCAAACGGAACGAAUUCCACAUAUUUGGAAUGAUUCCUUUUUAUUUUUUGAGGUUAAGUUUAAGUGUGGCCUCAACUUGCCACUUAUAAUUUCCAACUCAUUAAGUUCUCCAAAAAACAAUGAUUUUUGUUAUAAUUAUAUUUGGACAAGUCUCGAUUUCUUCACUUAGAUAAAUUCAAAAGCUUUACUCGUCGUUGAAAAGGAAGGACAAACUUCAUAAAAGUCCAAGUGGGAACUUUUUUCGUUCUGAACUUACACUUUUUUGAUAUUAAUGAUAUAAUAUCCCGCCUCAUUUUCAAAAAAAAAAAGUAAGAAUCACCUUUUAGAAAUUCUCGAAAGGUAUAUAAAGAAGAAAGGUUAGAUUGAAUCUGAAAUACUGCCGCUUGCAUUUUCCUCGUGAUAGUUAAAAUCGCAUUUUCAUUUGCAGAGAAGAAUUGGUGUUUGGAAAUAUUUAUGCCACUGGGAAAGUGCAUCACGCGUAAUGAAAGGAGGGGUAAUUUAGCGUGCCGAUGUAAGGUACCUGGUUGUAAAUACAAUUUUUUUUCGAUUUCACGCUAUCCUCCUGUGAGUAUUUUGAAAUGAGUGUUAUAGAAAUAUAAGAAGAUAUUAAGUGACUGAUGAACUGGAGAGUACGCAGUAUAAUGAAAAAAAAAGAUAUCCUCGAGGCAUUCAUUGCUCGAUUUUCGAUCGCUAGUUUCUCAAUUAGUUGGUUGACUGCUGUGCUAGAUAUCGAGUAAUUCUGUAUUAUUGUGAAAAUCUCAUUGUUACGAUGUUCGUUUUACGCCAAUAAACAUUUUUAC